AUGUCAUCAAUUGGAUCUGGUUAUGAUUUAAGUGCAUCACAAUUUUCACCAGACGGUCGUGUUUUUCAAGUCGAAUAUGCAAAUAAAGCUGUUGAAGCAAGUGGAACAGUUGUAGCAUUACGAUGCAAAGAUGGUGUUGCAUUUGCUAUUGAAAAAAUAGUAACAUCACGUCUUUAUGAAUCAGGUUCAAAUAAACGUAUUCAUAAUGUUGAUAAACAUAUUGGAAUGGCUGUUGCCGGUCUUCUUGCUGAUGCUCGACAACUUUUAACUGUUGCACGUGAUGAAGCUAAACAAUAUAAAUAUGAUUAUGGAGUAUCAAUUCCAGUUAAAUAUUUGGCAGAUCGUCUUGCGAUGUAUAUGCAUGCUUAUACUUUAUACGGUUUUGUUCGACCAUUUGGUUGUUAUAUUCUCUUAGCUGCUUACGAAAGUGAUGGUCCUCAAUUAUAUGGUGUUGAACCAUCCGGUGUUACUUAUGGCUAUUAUGGUAUUGCAGUUGGUAAAGCACAACAAACGGCUAAGACUGAAUUAGAAAAACUUAAAUUAUCUGAAUUGAAAUUGGAAGAUGCUGUCAAAGAAGCAGCUAAAAUUAUUUAUCAAGUACAUGAUGAAGUAAAAGAUCGAAUGUUUGAAUUAGAAUUAAGUUGGGUAGGACAACUUAAUGAUGGUAAACAUGAAAGAGUACCAGCAAAUAUUUUUGAAGAUGCUGAAAAAUUUGCUAAGGCAUCAUUGGAAGAAGCAGAUGACGAUGAUGACGAAAUGUAG